UAAAUCAGUAACUGCAGUCAACUUUGACACACAUAUUAUAUUAUGUACCUAUAACCAUUAUAAGCGUUAUCACAAUAUAUAAUUGUAUCUGAGUAAUCUGGGUAUUUUACACAACGGGUAGAUUUGGUUGUAUAGUAAGUACUUACUUAUGUUUCGAAGUAUACAAGUAUACGACAUUACCUAUAGGCUUAGGAUAGGUAUCUCAGAACGCGUAUAGAUUCUGUAUAACGCAGUCAACAUUUCUAAAUAAUUGUCCGGUACACCGCACAACGGGUACUAUACCUUCUCGCUGCUAUAAGAUAAGGAAAGUCAUUUCGCGGGUUCAUAUUAUUAUUACAUUAGGUAUAUCGCUGCGAUUUCCGGUGCGGAGAGAUGGAUAGCCCAAUCACUGAUGUUAUUGCAUUAUAUAGCCGAUUCGCCGAUCGUCGUAAGGUAAUAUAAUUAUACCGCGUCCCGAGGGCCGAUGAUCGAGACGUGUUUUGGGUGUCGGCGGCUCACACAUGCGGAUAUCGAGGGUAUGAGUGUAUGGUUAUAUGUCGAAUAUUCUCCUCUAUGGUUUCAAACACAAAAGAGAAAUGUGCGGAGUGUGUGUGUUGGCGUGUGUGUGUGCGCGCUCGUGUUGGCGUGGGAGCGAACCGUAAUGAAAUGGGUAAAAAAAAAACGGGAAGAAGAGAAAAGGUGUAUUUUACCGGGAGCCGGAAAAAUCCGGGGUGUGUGUUCGGCCUGUUCGGCCACCGUCGGCCGCGGUCGGAUGGUUUCGCGUUUCCCGCGGUAACGUCGCGCCGGGCGUCUUCCGUCCGGCUCGGCGGCGGCGGCCGGCGACGGAUGACUCGCGUAUCGCCCAGUACAGAAGCGUGUCGUCGCCGCCGGCCCAACAGCCACGCGCUCGUCUUCGUAGUUUCAGUCGUAAUAAUAUUAUUGAAAUAUUAUAGAUAAGUAACGAAAAAAUAGGCGAAGAAAUUAUUAUUAUUUUUUUUUUUUAUUAUAAAAAACGAAACGCGAGUAACCGACAUUUUCCGAAGUGACAUUUACCCGAAAAUGUUUCCUAACAGUUUAAUAUUAUUAUAAAUUAUAAUACGGCCACCAUACCUUACUCAUUGACGGCUGUCGAAAAGGCAAUGGACAUCGUUGGAUCUGCAGUCGUAUACCACCACAACCACCGACAGCUGCAGCACCGCCACCACAGCCGCCGCCGAAACUAUUCCGCCUUGGUGUUGUUCUAAUAUGGACGACCGGUUCCUGCAAGACAUAUCAGAAAUAUAACGUCAUGUCGACGGAGUCGCACAAAUUUACAUCUCUAAGACAAGCUAGGAAAUCAGUCUCUAUCGCAGAAAAAGAGGAAUUGGUCGUAAUCACGCCAAAUGAGAGAAACUGGCGAGGUAUUCUUAUCGCGCUUCUGGUCAUUGUAGCCGUUUUGGGCUUGAUAGUAUUCUUUAUCGUCCUGCUGUCACCACCAUACAAAGGUCCUAGGAAUCUCGGAAGUAAAUUUACGGUCGAUCAAAUUGCCGGGGACACAUUCAAAGCGCCUUCGUUUAAUGGCUCAUGGAUAUCAAGCGUGGAGUUGGUGGUUCGAGACGCACAAGGUGGCGUCAGCGUAUACAAUGUCGAAACAAAUAAACACAGGGUACUACUCACGAGUUCGUCUUUUAAACGAGUGAAUGCUAAUGAAUUUCAAACGUCUAGCGAUCAAAACUACGUGCUCCUGGUGUCGGACGAGAAAAAAAUUUACACGAACACGCGGGAGGCCAAGUAUCACGUUUUCGAAGUGUCGACCCAAAACGGCGUACCGCUCAUGAUCGUCUCCAAAACGGUUGACGAUGGCGAGCAGAUUUACAUACAGAAAGCGCAAUGGUCGCCGACGGGCAGUGGGCUGGUGUUCGUGCACAAGAACGAUUUGUACUACAAGAUCCACGGUAACCGGCACAGCAGAGUGGUCAGGAUCACGAACACGGGUUCGCCGACCGUGUUCAAUGGCAUACCGGAUUGGCUGUACCAGGAAGAAAUUUUUAAAUCCGAUAAAGCGUUUUGGUUUUCGCCAUCCGGUCGGUACUUAGCGUACGUCACUUUUGACGAUUCAAUGGUCGGCGAAUACAAGUAUCCGGUAUACAACACUAGAUUCCAGUAUCCGUAUUAUCAGUCACUACGAUAUCCAAAGGCGGGAACGCCAAAUCCAACAGUGACUGUCUGGUUGAGAGACUUGAAAAACGAUAGUUUAUCAAACGGCACACUAUUACAAAAACCACAAGCCUUACAUAUGGAAAGUGAACCCUAUUUGAUGCAUGUCAAGUGGGCAAAUGAAAAACGUAUUGGAGUAGUUUGGAUGAAUAGAAAACAGACGACAAUGGUCAUAUCUGUAUGUUCUGAGCCAAACUGGGAGUGUCAAGACUCUUACGUGGAGAAAAUCGCUGAUGGAAAGGGGUGGCUGGAAAACACCCAAGUGGAGUUCAACGAGGAGGGCACUAGCUACUUGGCGAUAUUACCGGUACUUGAUGGUCCACGUGGCACGUUCCCACACAUUUGCCUGGUGGACAUAUCCACAAAAAUCGUACUCCCGCUGACGAGUGGAAGCUUUUGCGUCGUCCGAAUCGUCCAGUGGGAUCAGGCGAACAAGAUAAUAUACUUUGAAGCGAUACCGGAGGGGAAACCAUCGCAAAGGCAUUUAUACAAAGUACCCGAUAACGUAAACAGCACGGUGGGCUGGGAAUGUAUGACUUGCCCUCCGAGCGGACCGCAAAAGAAUACUUCCAAAAUGGACAUUUCCACGAGUUCUGAUAUCAGCGACUCGUUCCGGUUGAGUCUUAAGGGAUUGGAGACGUCGAAACUUCCACAAGACUCGUGGCCAGUGAGGACAAACUCAUGUCUAUAUGUCCGAUCUCAUUUUUGUCGGUACCCGAAUUCCAAAUACUACGUUUUAGAAUGUUUAGGUCCCCUAGUUCCAAAAGUGAUAUUGAUGAACCUGCAGAUAAAUCAAAAAGUAAUGAUAUUGAACAAUUAUACUGCACUGGCAACUAAAUAUUCUGCAAUGGCUAAACCUAACAUACAAAUAAUGCAGGUGGAGGUGGAGAGCGGAUUUAUAGCUCAAACCAAAUUGAUGCUGCCUCCCGCGUUUAAAGAAUACGACGAAACCGCGUUUCCGUUCAUUUUAUACAUAAAAGGCAAGCCUGGCACUCAGUCAGUGACCGAAGAGUGGUCUGUAGAUUGGGCCACGUACUUAUGCAGCAACAAAAACAUUAUCAUUGCUAUCAUCGAUGGGCGUGGAACACUGGGCCAGGGUGACAGGUCAAGAACAUCAAUUUACUAUAAAAUGGGAAUCACGGACAUCCAGGACCAGCUUUCGGUUUUGUUGUAUCUCAAGGAUACGAUGAAGUUCAUAGACAAAGAUCGUAUUGGCAUUUGGGGAAAAGGAUACGGCGGAUACGCCACAGGAAUGAUAUUGGCCAAACAACCGGAAGUAUUUCGAUGUGGAAUUGCCACGUCACCGAUUACGAAUUGGGCGCAUUUCGAUUCAGCUUGGACUGAAAAGUUGAUGGGCACCCCAAAUGUGACAGACAAUUACCGUGGAUACGAAGACUCGGAUUUAAGCAAAAAAGCAAUUACAUUGGAUAAAAAACUAUUAAUGUUAAUCCAUGGCAGUGCAGAUGAAACGGUCCAUUAUCAGCAUAGCAUGAUGCUGAUUAGAGCAUUAACAGAAAAGGGGAUAUUAUUUAGACACCAAACGUAUCCGGACGAAGGCCACACUUUCGACGGAUCAACUAAACAUUUAUUGCAUGCUAUGGAACAUUUUUGGGACGAAUGUUUCGGUCCAUUAGAUUUUGACGACUGGGACGAGAGCCUAAACUUUUUUGCAUUCACGCAAUAAUACAAAAUAAUACAAACCAUAUUGACCCAGUGAUGUAUUUAUGGCUGGGGGAUAGGGGUAUAAUGUACUUCCAGGGAGUAACUUAUAUUCCUAUAUAAUUUGUUGAACCUACAUGAAAAAAAAAUCGUGUACAUUGUCGAAAACAUUUUUUUUUUCAAGAAUAAUUGGUACUCACUAAUCUGUUCAUAAAGUAUGUAACUUAUCAAAAUAAUAAGUUGUGAUAACUAUACAUCAAAUAGUUGCAGAAUCUGUUAUUUUUGACAGUAUUCACAAUCUCUUAUCGGUACCUACAUACGGGAGAAUUUGCUUGGGCGUUGUGUUAUCAGCUGUGUAUUUAUAAUCGUGGCAAUCAUUAAUUUAUGUUAUAGCAUUUUAUCAUAGGAGCUUUUAAAAUGAUUCCUCAUAAUAAUUAUAAUUACCCCUGGAAAAAUAUGAUGCGUAUAACGCCACUGGAUCGACUGACACGUGUCCGUUAACGGCUUCAGAAAUGUAUUCCGAUCAUAUUAAAAUAUUCACAGGGUUAUUCAUUUCAUACCGAAAUAGAACUAAUUGUAUUCCAAAAAUAAACAGGCAAAUAUCGUGAUCACGAAAUUACGACAAUCUGUGAAAUUUUCGAACAAGCGGAGUCUUAAAACAAUAAUAACCCUGGUGUACGACUUUAUUUUUGUACCACAUAACCAUUGAGAGCUUAAGGAAUCAAUCUGAAGUAUUUACUAACAAUAGUUUACUGAUAACAUAAAAUUUGUUUAUUGUCAUAAAAUUAUUUGUACACUCAAAUUAUUUACUAACACAGUGGUUACAUUUCACGCAUAUAUGCAUUGUACCGGUUUCAUUUAAAUGUACACUUUGCUUUUCCAAUCAGAACUAACUACAGUAGAACGUUUUUGUAACGACUACAUUUAUAAUUGUAUUGUUAGUGUAAAUCGGACAUAUUAAAUUUACUGGUUACCAAAUAAUUUCGUGAAAAAUAACAUAAAAAACAGUAAAAUUUGUUGUAUUGAAAUAUAGUCGAUUUUCUAUUGAUUGUUAUGUAGAAUAUCGAAUACAUUAUUUGGCUCAAGUAAUACUGUGAUAAAAGACUAUAAAAAAAAAAAAAAAAAAAUUGCAAUGCGUCAUAACAGUAAAA